AUGCAGGGGUUUCUGUCUCCUCGUAUCUCCUGCGUCGUUUGGCAGAAGAACAGCUCGUCCUCCGAAGGUUCCAUCUUCCCGGAGUACAAACCCUCAGACACAGUUUUCAAGAUCACGUUUUGGCUGGGCUAUUUCAACAGCUGCAUCAACCCCAUCAUCUACCCCUGCUCCAGUCAGGAGUUUAAGAAAGCCUUCCUGAGCGUGUUGGGCGCCCGCUGCCUCCGCAAGAGAUCCACGCCGUCCCACGCGAUCUACCAGAGCCACAGUCACCGGCACGGCCAGCUUCAGAUCCUCGGCCUGACGAGCCGAGACAACCCGUCCCGCCUGAGCCCGUCCUCCUCCAUCGCUCUGUCCCGCAGCCCGUCCUCCCGGGACGGCCGGGAAUGGCAGGCCCCUUCCCACACAUCAUCGGUGGGGGCGACCGGGGUCAGCGUGGGAGCGAAAGUGGCGGGAAUGUGUGGUAAAAACCUGCUGAGGACAUGCUGCUGUGUGAGAAUGGAUCCUCCGCAGCCCGAAACGCCCGCACAGAACUCGCUUCCCGUCAUCAAAAUCCACCAGCUCUCGCUGUGUGAGGACGGGGAUGCGGUGUGAAGGAGCACGCUGGGGAAAUCACUCCACACACGCUGGCUGUGAUGCCACUUUGCCAGCUGACAGGGCCUUAGACUUGAGAACACAAACUGAUGAAGAAAAGCGAGCUUUCGAUUGAAACGAUCAGCGAUGGGAACAUUGAAAGCUGCUGCAACAGUGUUGAUGCUUCAUAAAGGCACGGAUCAGCUUUACAUGAAAUCUCUGUCUUUUUUUAUUCACUAUCAUGUUGUUCUAAACCUGUCAAUGAACUGAAAUGCAAAGGAGAUUUUGCAGCUUCAACAGAGGGGAGUGCAUUAAUGUUAUUUCUGUAAAUCUCAUUUGGAGCAGUUUGAACCUUCAGACAAAGUAUAUAGUAGAUAUAAAACAGUUAAUUUGUGUAUUUUUUUGUUAUGCAUCAUAUUUUCUACAUCUGGCAUUUAUGGCUUAUAUAGUAUGUUAUAGAAAAAUAUGGAGCUCAUACUCGAGGUGAAAAAAAAAAAACAAUUUUAUUCAGAGGCCCAAGCUGAGCAAAAACGUGCAAUUCAUGUGCAAGUCACUUUAUCUCCCGAUGUCUUAGUAAGAUGAUAUUUUAAUGCAUUGGUUUAUGAUCAAAGCUCUUUAAUUUCAAAACAUAUAAUGCAAUGCAAUACAAUGAUGAUUGAGAGAUUUUUAAGAGCCUGAUGAUCAUAUUUGAUACUCACAAUUCAACAUGAUUAAAAGAAAAAUGAUGUAUGGAUAAUAAAGUAAGCCCAUACUUCAGUGUUCUUCUUGAAAUAUUACUAAAAAUACAAAAGCUUUUCUUAUAUUUACUUCCCAGAAAUCAGAACAGAUUUCAGAACAAAAAGCUAAUUUCAUGAGCUGAAAGAGGAUAUUUGUAUUAUUUUACUGAAUAAAAGUCUAAACCAUCAGAUAGAUGACCGAAGGCAUGUAGCAGAGUGUGUACAAGGUUUUCAGCAGCUUUGAUCAUGUUGAUCAUAAUAUAUUACUGUAUGCUUUAGGGUUAACUGACUAUUCAUCAGACAAAUCAAUCACAUUCUUCAGAAGGUGUUGAAUAUAACACACAAAAAUAGACUAUUUUAUGUUGCUUCUAUUGUAUUUUUUGAGCUUGAUAAACACAGUUGCUGUGACCUCUCACUGUUUUAUGUUUUUAGGUUUGGAAUAACAUGAAGUGUGAACAAAUAAUGACAGAAAUGUAAUUUUUUUAAUGAACUAUUACUUUAAAAGGAGGAUGUUUGCUUGGACAUUAUAGUGGACAUCAUUCUGCAUGGAUAUGUGAUGAUAAAUAUACCAGCAUUUGUUUUGUUUUUUUAAUUGACAGCAGUUUUAUUCUAACAUGUCUAAUGAGUGGUAUAUUAUAUAUGAGUGAAACUUCUAUUUUUGGCUGUUUGUUCUCCAGUUCAUAUCUUCUUCAUUCAGUCCUCAGAAAUUGCACUACAGUUAAUGGGCAUGGGCUGUUUGCAUUGAGUAUGAUUCAAAAACCCAUCUCGCCUGAUGAUUAAUCGUGGAACUGGGUAUUGAUCGUAUAAGUGUCUUUGUGAUAAUCCUGCUUUGGUCGCCUUAUCUGUGUGUAAAAAAAUGAUUCCACAUCAACAUCAGAUACAGCUUUCCGUGUGUUUCACUGUGGGACCAACCAUGUCCCUUCCCAUAAGUUGUGUUCUCAUUACUAUGACCUCAGAAAUACACAAAUUUCCUUGUGAUAUUGAUACUUGACCAUAACAAAGAAUAUGUGGCUUAAAUGCCUUCUAACAAGUGGCACUUUGUUAUUGUGUUUCUUUCUCAAAUGAAAGAAAACCAAAUGAUUCCAAAACAGAAAUACCCAAUAAAAAAAUGA